CACACAAUGAUGGUCCAGUAUACGCAACUUACAGCAGAAUCUGAGUUACAGAAUGCUCCCCGUCUCGUUAAAAGAGGAGUUCCUGACGAAGACAAGAUACCACCAGACGAGAAGGACGAGGUGGAUCACUUACUUUUCGUGGUUCAUGGUAUUGGAUCAGUGGGUGACCUCAAGUUCAGAUCUUUCGUAGAUUGCGUGAGUGACAUGAGAGUUACAUGCCAACAACUUGUAUCUGAACAUUGGACCAAGAUAAACAAGAGCAAAGGAACCUCUCAAGGAAGAGUAGAGUUGUUACCAAUACAAUGGCAUGCAGCUCUACACAGUGACACGCUAGGAGUAGACAGACACAUCAACAAGUUGACCCUACCCAGCAUUCCAAUGUUACGGGACUUUGUGAACAGUACCUGUGUUGAUGUCCUUUUUUACAGUAGUCCUUUCUACUGUGAGACCAUAACAGAGCAGUGCGGAUCAGAAAUGAAUAGAUUGUACAGCAAAUUCUUGUCUCGAAACCCCAACUUCGCAGGAAAAACUUCGAUCGUCGGCCACAGCCUAGGUUCGGUUAUUGCGUUCGACAUUCUCUCACAGCAAUCGGGCGAUCAAAAAGACAAAGAAAAAGGCAAAGAAAGGAUGGAUAAAGCGAACACAUCUCUAGAUACCAGCUCAACAGAAUGCUUGAUACAGUCAGGACAAAAAUCUGACCAAUCGGAGACAAAACCACUUUCUACACCUCAAAAGGAGACAGAAGUUAAACAAGUUUCAACAGAACCUGAAUUGACAGAGACAGAUACUAGUGAAGAUAACCCUGAUCCACUGUCUUCCUCUGUUAAUAUUCCCAAGAGAGAAAGAACAGUGUCCAGAUCCUUCUCAUAUCUCAAAUACAAUAAUUCAGAAGUAUCCGGUACAGGUCAACCAGUGGUCAGUGCAGCUCAUCUCUCCUUCCAACCUGAGCACUUCUUCGCAUUAGGGAGCCCUCUGGGACUUUUCCUAGCCGUCAGAGGAGUCCACUCUCUUGGUAAAGACUUCUCUCUUCCCACAUGCAAACGAUUUUUCAACAUUUUCCAUCCAUACGAUCCUGUGGCGUACAAAUUAGAACCGCUGAUUCUCGGGAAGAAAGGAGAUCCUGUUAUACUACCUCAUCACAAAGGAAGGAAACGUAUGCACAAGGAGAUCACUGAUCAGAUAGCGAGAGUAGGGUUUGCUUUUAAGAACCAGAUUUCCAACACUAUUCUAUCUUUCUACAACGGGAGUUCAACUCAGCCGGAGGAAGAAAAUAAGGUUCAAGAAGAAGUAAGCGAGAGCAGUAACGAUACAAGAAUAGACUGUGGAAUACUGAACAGAGGAGAGAGGGUAGAUUAUGUACUCCAGGAGUCCCCCCUAGAAAUUGUCAACGAGUACUUAUUUUCCUUAUCAUCGCAUCUUUGUUAUUGGUCAUCGGAAGACACGCUACUUCUAAUUACACGGGAGAUAUUCAGAUCAGAAACGAGUGUUCCCUCGCAUUUACCACUUGUUUAAUUUCUACUCCCAGAAUUCAAAGUGCGUUUCCAGUUUUCCUCCCCGCUAUUAUUAUAGGUUCAACUAUAAGAGCAUAAGGCUGUUUGUAGACUGCAGACUAUAAUUUUGGGUAAUUGAACAGAAACAUUGCCGUUAGAUUAUGGUGUUUUUGUAUCUAUAGCUAGAUAUGGACAUAGGUAGUAUUUUCAGGGUAUUGGACAUGCUCAGCUUCAGCGGAUCAGUUAUAUUACAUAUUAGUAGAAACUGUGUAUAUUUAUUAACUAAAGAUUGUUGCAGAUAUAGAGCUACAAAGUGGUUCAGUGGAUUAAUAUUUUGGUCAGUAAAAGUAGUGUAUAAUUGUUAUUUUGGUUGUAAAGAAAAUAAAUCAUAGAUAAUUUCGCAGACAUUUAUGGAAGCAAGAAUAUUUGUUGUUUUUAAUGAGGGUUUAGUUUUUCAGAGAUGUAGAUUUUAUUGCCAGACAUUGAAUUUGAAUUGGAUUUUUGUAAAUUAUUAGACCGAUAUGAACUUUGAUAGGAUUUCAGAAAUGUUAAUUGUUAUGUUAUGUUACGAUCCAGAUGUUUAUUGCUCAACUUAAAGUUCAAAGUUAAACAUUGAUGAAGACAACGAAA